AUGCUGACGCGCUUCUUGGCUUUCUGUGCUCUCGCGGCUGCCGAAACCUGUUUGAACGGCACAGAGUGCGAGGAGGUGAACUUUCUGAGCUACGCUGCGGAGGAGGACUUUCCUCGGCGGAAGCGAAGAUCCAGACGUCAUUACCACCAUGGCUACCGACCCUGCGAGAGUGCUGAGAGGCCCAGCUUGGCCGAGGGACCAGUACCUUGCACCUAUUCCAAGACCUAUGCCUAUCCCGCCACGGUGGUGCAAGAAGAUUCUGGAGGAGUGGCGCAAAUGGAGAGUCGAUGCGACAAUGCUGGGGAGGACUAUGUGAAUAAUCAGUGUCAGGCUACCUGCAUCAUCAACUCCAACUCGGAAGGAUAUAACUACAACAAGUGGGAUGCCGUCAAGGCGUGCCCUUAUCCGGCAGGUGCCACGGAAUUUCCCAUAGUAACGAAUCAGGAGCAGUGCAUGCAGCUCUAUGACAACUUCACUGCACUGGGUGAGGCUGUGGACAUCACCUGGAACGGCGAGGUGUACAAGACGGGCAUCGGUCAUGGAGCACUGAUCGGUGUGCGUGGGAACUGCCUCACCAUCCGCUACAACGGCAAGAACGCCGUGAUUUUUCAGGUGGACAUCAGGUCCUGGUCAUUGGAAAUUACUCAGGCCACCUACCUCUACCUCACAGACAACGAGAAUCCUGGAGGCUUCUGCUGGAUCCCGGAGGUAGAGAUUGUGAAUUGCUUGGAUAUCCCGGGGAUGCCUUCCAGCCUCUAG